AAUGGAACUCCCAGUAACAACAUUUUGGCCGAGCAAUGUAUCAGUAGACGCCCCCACAACUGCUUCCAUUUAUAUGACGACCAUUCCAGUAUCCCCUCCAACGUACACAUACAAAGUCACGGAGAAUUCUAUAGCCUGUCUCAUCAUAGAGGGACGCUUCCAACUAAUUGUGUCUUAUAUGAAAUGGGAUAAUGGAAUUGCCAAAAAAAUUGUAGAUGUCCCAGAGAGUAGUAAUGUUAGAGUAACAGGAUCAUGUGCUGAUGAACAGGACAUCACUUCCAGUCUUACCAUAACAACAGAACAUGCAGAAAUUAGAUCCUUGACAUUUAAUUUUCAAAUCAUAGAAGGCAUAUCUUAUCUGGUAUCCCUGUCUGCAGAAGUUAAUGUUAAAAUGUUCCCAGAUGUCAUGUUAAACCCUUAUCCGAAAUGUAGGUAUCGCACCGAAAGCAUAUGA